GGGUGUCUGUGAGCUGAAUAGCGCUACGCAUGCGUCACAUCCGGGAGACUAUGUUCCCUCUGAUAAUGGCAGCUUUCUGUUGUAUAUCUUUCGUUCCGCUAAGUUUUGUGAUGACUCGUUAUGUACUGGGGAUCAAGUGUGUCUUUUAGAAAAAGAUGGCGUCACUCGACAGUGUAAAGCCUGUGCAAGUCCUCUAGGGAUGGAAGAUCGCUCGAUCCCAGACUCUGCUCUCUCGGCCUCUUCUUCGUAUGGUCAUCAGAGUAAUCCAAGUUUUUGGGCAAAAGACGGGCGUUUAAAUAUCAUAUCUUCCUGGGCUCCUUCAUCUCUUAGCGUCGGGCAGUAUCUACAAGUAGAUUUGGGUCAAGUUAAGAUUGUAACAAAAAUCGCAACACAGGGAAGACCCGGCGAUCAAGUCAAAUAUGUGACGAAAUACAAGAUCAAAUGGAGCAUUGAUGGACAGACAUGGGAGGACCAUAAAGAGAAUGACGUUGUCAAGGUGUUUAAUGGGAACUUUGACCAAAAUUCAGUCGUAACUAACAGCUUUCAACCGAAAAUAAUGUCUCGAUACAUCCGACUGGUUGUGCAGGAGUGGUUUGAUUAUAUUAAUCUACGAAUGGAGCUGUACGGAUGUUGACUUGGAUAAGAAUCGAAAACUUAAGGCUGCCUACUAUUGAACGUUCGCAACCAUACCUUACUACUAUACUGUUCAGUUUUAUAGUUAAUCUUAGAUCUUUAUUUUAUACUUUUGAUU